GCGCCGCCGCGCGCCCCGCCCCACCCUCUCCUUUGGUUCCGGCGCGGUGACGGCGGGGAUGGCGGCGCUGAGCCUCACUGUCAACGCGGGGAGCCCCCCGCUCGGAGCUCUGCUGACAGUGGAGCAUGCGAAGAACGAUGUUGACAUUUCAGUGGAAGAAGGCAAGGAAACCAUCCUCCGUGUGUCUGAGCAUGUUUCAUUUACUGAUGUGAAUUCAAUAGUUCGUUAUCUGGCUAGAGCUGGUGCUUCUGCUGGGUUGUAUGGGUCAAAUCUGGUGGAACACACUGAGAUUGACCAUUGGCUGGAGUUCAGUGCUACAAAGUUAUCUACUGCCAACCAGUUUCUUUCAGCAGUUGAAGAGCUCAACCACUGUCUUUCUCUAAGAACAUACUUGGUUGGAAAUUCUCUGAGUCUUGCAGACUUGUGUGUCUGGGCUGUACUAAAAGAUAAUAGCACGUGGCAAGAGCAAAUACAGCAAAACAAAGCUCCUGUCCAUGCAAAGCGAUGGUACAGCUUUCUUGAGGUACAGCCUACUUUUCAAUCUGUAGGCACCAAGUGGGCUUCUGGUACACCAAAGGUUAAAAUGGCAGCAGAAAAGAAGGCAGAUGUUGGGAAGUUUGUUGAACUUCCUGGUGCAGAGAUGGGAAAGGUCAUUGUAAGGUUUCCUCCUGAAGCAAGUGGAUAUCUACAUAUUGGUCAUGCAAAGGCUGCCCUGCUCAAUCAGCACUAUCAAGUUAACUUCAAAGGAAAACUUAUUAUGAGAUUUGAUGACACAAAUCCAGAGAAAGAGAAAGAAGACUUUGAAAAGGUUAUUCUUGAAGAUGUUGCAAUGCUGCACAUCAAACCUGAUCAAUUUACAUAUACCUCAGAUCACUUUGAAACAAUAAUGAAAUAUGCUGAGAAGCUUAUUCAAGAAGGGAAAGCGUAUGUGGAUGACACUCCUGCAGAACAAAUGAAAGCAGAGCGUGAGCAAAGAAUGGAAUCUAAACACAGAAAUAACUGUGUUAACAAGAAUCUUCAAAUGUGGGAAGAAAUGAAAAAAGGAACAGAAUAUGGACAAACAUGUUGUCUACGAGCAAAAAUAGAUAUGAGUAGUAACAAUGGAUGUAUGAGGGAUCCAACUCUUUAUCGUUGUAAAAACCAGCCUCACCCACGGACUGGAAGUACCUACAAGGUUUAUCCAACAUAUGACUUCGCCUGCCCCAUUGUUGACAGUAUUGAAGGUGUCACACAUGCAUUGAGAACAACCGAAUACCAUGACAGAGAUGAGCAAUUCUACUGGAUCAUAGAGGCGCUGGGCAUAAGGAAACCAUACAUAUGGGAGUAUAGCCGGUUGAACCUCAAUAACACUGUGCUCUCUAAGAGAAAGCUUACAUGGUUUGUCAACGAAGGGCUUGUGGAUGGAUGGGAUGACCCAAGAUUUCCCACUGUGCGUGGUGUCCUAAGAAGAGGCAUGACAGUUGAAGGGUUAAAACAAUUUAUUGCUGCUCAGGGCUCCUCUCGCUCUGUUGUGAAUAUGGAGUGGGAUAAAAUUUGGUCCUUUAACAAAAAGGUUAUAGACCCAGUAGCACCUCGGUACACUGCUUUACUGAAAGAUGCAGUGGUCCCAGUAAAUAUUCCUGAAGCUCAAGAGGAAAUGAAAGAAGUGGCUAAACAUCCAAAGAAUGCUGAUGUUGGGUUGAAACCUGUGUGGUAUGGCUCCAGAGUCCUGAUCGAGGGUGCAGAUGCAGAGACCCUGACAGAGGGAGAGGUGGUUACAUUCAUAAAUUGGGGCAAUGUUAUCAUCACUAAAUUAAACAGAAAUUCAAGUGGAAAAAUUGUGUCCAUCGAUGCCAAAUUGAACUUGGACAAUAAGGACUUCAAAAAAACUACUAAGAUCACUUGGUUAGCAGAAACUCCACGUGCACCACUCAUCCCCACUGUCUGUGUUAAUUAUGAGCAUCUAAUUACUAAGCCAGUUCUAGGUAAAGAUGAAGAUUUCAAGCAAUACAUCAACCGAAAUAGCAAGCAAGAAGAACUGAUGUUGGGUGAUCCUUGCCUUAGGGAGUUAAAAAAAGGGGACAUCAUACAACUUCAGAGGAGAGGAUUCUUUAUUUGUGAUCAGCCCUAUGAGCCAGUGAGUCCUUACAGCUGUAAAGAAGCCCCAUGCAUUUUGAUUUACAUCCCUGAUGGACACACUAAGGAAAUGCCAACAUCGGGGUCAAAAGAGAAGACCAAAGCUGAAACUGCAAAGAAAGAGGCUAGUUCAGCUGUAAAAGGAAAGUCUGCUCCACUUGCUGGUGAUAGCUCUACUCCAGCCUGUACUCCAUCUGAAGGUCAUCUGGUCAUUUACAACAGGGUGGCUGCACAGGGUGAUAUAGUUCGUGACUUGAAAGCUAAGAAGGCAGCAAAGGAAGAUAUUGAUAAAGCUGUGAAACAGUUGCUGGCCUUGAAAGCAGAAUACAAAGAGAAGACGGGCCAGGAGUAUAAGCCUGGAAAUCCUCCAGUACCUGUAACUGAACAGUCUUCAAAGCUUGAGACCUCUGGUACCCUGGACAGUAAGGCUCUGUAUGAUAAAGUAGCUGAGCAAGGAGAAGUGGUCCGAAAACUGAAAGCUGAGAAAGCAGCUAAGGAUGAAAUAGAUGAAGCAGUAAAACUCCUUCUUUCUCUAAAAGCUGACUACAAGGAAAAGACUGGGCAGGACUACAAGCCAGGACAUCCACCAGUAGCUCAAAGUGCUUUGCCUCAGGCCUCAAAUGCAGUCCCCAGUGGUCCAGACACACCUGAAGCUAAAGCCCUGUUUAGCAAAGUGGCUCUUCAAGGAGAUGAAGUUAGGAAAUUGAAAUCAGAAAAAGCAGAAAAGGAAAAGAUAGAUGCAGCUGUUAAGGAACUUCUUCAAUUGAAAGCCCAAUAUAAGUCUGUUGCAGGAGUUGACUAUAAACCACUUUCUGCUAGUGGGGCUGAUGACAAAGACAAGAAGAAGAAAGAGAAAGAGAACAAGUCUGAAAAGCAGAGUAAGCAACAAAAGCAAAAUGAUGGCCCCAAAAAAGAACCUUUGCAAGGACAGAGUGGUAAUGAGCUCUCCUCAAGUGGAUCAGGAGAAGGUCAAGGCCCUAAGAAACAAACUAGGCUGGGUCUAGAAGCUAAAAAAGAAGAAAAUCUUGCAGACUGGUUCUCUCAGGUGAUCACAAAAGCAGAGAUGAUUGAAUACUAUGAUGUGAGUGGCUGUUACGUUCUUCGUCCUUGGGCUUAUGCUAUUUGGGAAGCUAUCAAGGACUUCUUCGAUGCAGAGAUCAAGAAACUUGGAGUGGAAAACUGUUAUUUCCCCAUGUUUGUGUCCCAGGCUGCCCUAGAGAAAGAGAAGAGUCAUAUUGCUGACUUUGCGCCUGAGGUUGCUUGGGUCACAAGAUCUGGGAAAACAGAUCUGGCGGAACCAAUUGCUGUGCGUCCCACAAGUGAAACAGUCAUGUAUCCUGCCUAUGCAAAGUGGGUGCAGUCACACAGGGAUCUUCCUAUCAGGCUUAAUCAGUGGUGCAAUGUUGUGCGCUGGGAGUUCAAACAUCCCCAGCCUUUCCUACGUACUCGUGAAUUUCUUUGGCAAGAGGGUCACACCGCGUUUGCAACAUAUGAAGAAGCAGCAGAGGAGGUGAUGCAAAUGCUUGAUCUGUAUGCUCAAGUGUAUGAAGAUCUCCUAGCAAUACCUGUUGUGAAAGGAAGGAAGACAGAGAAGGAGAAAUUUGCAGGAGGUGAUUAUACAACCACCAUAGAGGCAUUUAUAUCUGCCAGUGGAAGAGCUAUCCAGGGAGCAACGUCACAUCAUCUAGGGCAGAAUUUCUCAAAGAUGUUUGAAAUCGUAUUUGAAGAUCCCAAGAAACCAGGAGAAAAACAAUUUGCUUAUCAGAAUUCCUGGGGCAUUACAACUCGAACUAUUGGUGUAAUGAUAAUGAUUCAUGGAGACAACAUGGGAUUGGUGCUCCCACCUCGAGUAGCCUGUGUUCAGGUUGUAAUUAUUCCCUGUGGUAUCACAAAUGCCCUUUCGGAAGAGGACAAAGAGGCUUUGUUGAAGAAAUGUAACGAGUAUCAUCGUAGGCUGCUUAGUGCUAAUGUCCGUGUACGAGCCGAUUUACGAGACAAUUAUUCACCUGGUUGGAAGUUCAAUCACUGGGAGCUUAAGGGUGUUCCAGUCAGGGUUGAAGUGGGACCACGAGACAUGAAGAGCCAACAGUUUGUAGCUGUUAGGAGGGACACAGGACAAAAGCUGACCUUUUCUGAACAUGAAGCAGAAGAAAGACUGAAGCAGAUUUUGAAUGAGAUCCAAACUAACCUUUACAACAGAGCUUCUGAGGACCUAAAACGUCAUAUGGUGGUGGCCAAUACUAUGGAGGACUUUCAGAAAGAGCUUGAUUCAGGAAAUAUUGUACAAAUCCCUUUUUGUGGAGAAAUCGAGUGUGAGGAUUGGAUCAAGAAGACCACUGCCAGGGAUCAGGAUCUUGAGCCUGGCGCCCCAUCCAUGGGAGCAAAAAGCCUCUGCAUACCUUUUCAGCCUCUCUGUGAACUACAGCGUGGGGCAACAUGUGUCUGCGGCAAAAACCCUGCCAAGUUUUACACCCUAUUUGGUCGUAGUUAUUAAACUGCUAGUCAAAGCACCUUCUCCUUUAUCUGUGAAUUGAACUUUUUUUAAUAGACGGAAAUAGCCCCCAAAAUUAACCAGUUUUGUGACUUUUUAAAUGAUUCAAAAAAAACAAAGCCAUAAAUCAAAACACCCCCCUCCCCCCUUUAAUUGUCAGUUUUAGGCUAGCAGUAAUUCACAGACUUUUCUGUAAACAUCUCUAAUAAUAAACAUGUAUUGUGAGCUGUA